AUGCACAAGUCUAAAUAUGAUCAUGAAAUAGGUGGAAAAUCACUUAAGCUUCAAUUGAAGGAAAACAAUAAUAUUAAUUUGGUUUUUUACCUGUUACGAGUUACAAUUGCAAGAAUGCUACUUCUAAUUUACAUCAAAGGCGUGGAGUUACACGUUCGACAGACGAAUGAACUUAUGUAA